GAAUUGUGUUACCCAGACAGAUUCUAUUAUAACUUUAGGCUGGGCUUUGUCUUAGCAGGGAAAUGGAAGCCACUACUAUGUUCCGUUUUUUCUCUGCCGUUAUGGUCAAUCCUAAACCUCACAAACUCUUCUCUUCCCUCUCUAUCUUCCCUUCCGCCACCGCUCCCCGCCACUUUCAAUCCCUCAAAUUCCCCACUAAACAGAACGCUCACUCUGAAAACCGCGAUAUUGGCGACCGCGUCGUCUUCGAUGACGGCAUCUUCGAAAGCGGCGCCGUUUUCCAAAACGACAGCAAUCUCACCACUAACACACCCAAACGCAGACCCAGCCCAAGGACAAAAGUGACGCGGAUAACGCGUGAGAAUUUGGUUCCGGACAAGUGGAGAGAAGUUCAGUCAGAGACCAAAAUCACCAUUAACGAGAGGCGCAAGAAGAAGAAGAACAUAAGAGGGUUGGUUCCUCUAAGGGAUGCAAACAAAAUCGAGGUUGAGAAGAAGUUGAGUCGCUACAAGGAUGUAAAUUGGGACGAGUACAAGUCUUCUAAGAAGGCUAAAUUGAGACAGAUCAGUCCUCUGGUUCUCAAGAACCCUUCUACAUUUCCCGUCAAAGAGAACCUUCCAGAACCUCACUUCAAUGGCGAGCGUGUUGAGCCUAAGAAUCCCAGAGGUGUCCUUCACGGGAAGGGUUUGGAGGAUGUCAUUCAGUUUUUCAAUAGUGGAAGCUAUAACCCUAGUUAUAACACCUCUCUUGAAGGUCGUCGGAAGUUGUUUGCUAUUACUAAGGAGGAGGUGUUGUUGUUGAACAAGCGAAUGCCCGACUUGGCAAUUGCUACUUCAGGUAAAUGGCUUCCUCUGCACACUCUUGCUGCGGGCGGAGAACUUUACCUUUUAGAUUCUUUGUUGAAGCAUAAUGUUGAUAUCAAUGCUGUGGAUAAGGAUGGUUUGACUGCCCUUCACAAAGCAAUUGGCAAAAAGCGGGUCAUAACCAAUUAUCUCCUAAAAAACUCAGCUAAUCCCUUUGUCCGGGACAAAGAGGGGGCCACCUUGAUGCACUAUGCCGUACAAACAGCUUCUAUUGAGACAAUUGAAUUACUAUUAUUGUAUAAUGUGGAUAUAAAUCUUCAAGACAAUGAUGGUUGGACACCAUUACAUCUUGCUGUUCAAACUCAGAGACCAAAUUUAGUGAGGCUUCUGCUGCUUAAAGGUGCUGAUAAGACAUUAAGAAACAAGGAUGGUUUAACUCCGCUUGAUUUUUGUCUUUACUCUGGUCAAAGUUUCCAAACAUAUGUGCUAAUCAAGUUGUUAAAGCAGCCUCAAGGGAGUCUUUGACAUGUAUGACAAAUGGUGUUGUCUCUAGUACCCAGACAUUUGGGAGUAUAGCUGUAUCCUUCCUUGUUGUACCAAGAGCAGAACAUGGUGGUUUCUUAAUCCAUGUCAGAUGUGAUUUGGCAUCCUUCUCAUUUCAAAUAUAUUUAUUUUUAACCCCUCAUGGUGGAAUAAUGGUUAAACCUAUAUGCCUUCUCAUGCUCAUCAAGUAAGAAGGAUUUUAAUCAAUGGUGUCCCCAUUAUUGCCUUCUAUCAUUGAUUCUUGAGGUGUGGGAAACUGAAUGGGUAAAUCAGUUGCUGAAUAUUAUUAACCCUUCCAGUUGAAGUGUUGUGACUUCAGAAGACAGUUACAUUAUGCGAGAGGUGAAGAGAUUUGUUGUCCAUUCACAAUCUUCAAAAUUUCAACUGACACCAACAGCUCUCAAAUUGUCGACAAAUUCCAUGGCCAGGGAAUUCGACAUGCACUUUUGGAAACCCUAAUGAGUAAUGGCAGUGUAAAUCGACCAAGUAUGAAUUUGAUAGGUACUUUGUAGUAUGGCCUUUAUACUUGUGUCACUGUCUAUCAUAAGGAGAAGAAAGUAGAAGAAAAAAUGAUAUACAUACUGUAUAAUGAGGUCGAUAGUUUAAAGAUGCUUCGUACAAAAUAUUAUCCUGAGCACUGGUUUUGUUCGUGAUUGGGUAAGGAUCAUCAGUUCCACAAAAGGAGUAGGUCAUAUUCAUAUUUGUUCUGUAUGAUGUUUAAAUUUAAUUUCAUGUUUAUGAAAUCAUGUAACAGGAACUAAAUGUAACAGAAACUUGUACCUCUGUCAUUGACAUUUUUUUUAUGAAUUUAAUUUAAGUACACUAACUAUAAUUAAAGGAUUUU